CGUAAAUAAUACUUAUAUGUAAGAAUUUUCUUAUAUAAUAAGGUUAGGUUCGUAUCUGCGCCUCGUGGAGAUAAACAAGGGCGAUCGAAGAUGUCAACAAAUACCGAAAAAGUAACUGAAUUAAGAGAAAGAGGAAAUGAGUGUGUCCGGGCUGGUAAUUAUGCAGAGGCAAUAAUACAUUAUUCACAUGCCAUCAAGAGUGAUAGUUCCUCUCCGCAACUCUACAGUAACCGUUCCUAUGCUUUCCUCAAACUUCAGCAAUAUUACCAUGCACUUGAAGAUGCCAAUGAAGCUAUCCGACUUGAUCCUGGGUGGGCAAAGGGAUAUUUUCGACGAGGAGAGGUUGAGUUUGCUACUAGUCACUUUGGCCAGGCAUUGGAGUCAUACCGUCGGGCAUCCCAGUUGCAGAAUGACCCAACAUUACUGGAGUGUGUUUUGAGAGCAAACAGGGAAAUGACUCGCCAACAAAAGGUAGACCAACAGACACCCUGGGUUGGUGCAGGUAUUGGACUCAUCCUUGGUGUGUUGGUUGUUGUAGGAGAUGCAAUCAUUGCUAAGGAAUCAGUUCUCACACACCCUAUCCUUCAGUCAGUUGUUACGAUCAUGUUUUCACUGCUGGGCUUGGGACUUGGUUUUUGCUACAGAAUAUAUAAUCAGAAUCAGCGAAAGGCAUUAUUAGAGCCUCCACUUGACUUUUUAGGUAUUGACGAUGGGGAUGCUAGAAAUGGAGUGAGUGGAGCAAGAGAAAAAGUUGGCAGUGGAGAUGAGGGUGAGGAGCGACGCCAUCACCCACGGUACAACAAGGCCCAGGCUCGUCACCGCUACAAGAAAGGCAAAUCGUAGAGAAUCGCCCAGCCAGUAAUAGAAUUUGUUUUAUGUAAUUAUAGAAGAAUAUGGGAUUUUUAAGUGAUCUACUUAAGGUAUGCACAUUUUUUCAAAUGUGAAAAUAUGUUCAUUUACACUAUUUCAUGCUCAGAAAGGGUUAAGAAAUAAAUUCAGGGUAUAACAUAAAAUACAAAAUUUUUUGUUACAGCUCAUUAUAAUCUUUGUGCAAAUUUUAAUAAAUAGCUAAGAAUUUGAAGACUGCAUCCUUGGAAUCUUCUUAGCUGUCAUGAAAAUGAAGUAAUAUGUGAUAUUAGAGUUUCAACUUUGUCUCCUUUAACUCACAUUAAGGCAAUGAAAAGUAAAUACUAUACUACAGUAAUUUCAAAUGUAAGAAUUGCUAUUAAGCAGAGAAUCUGUGGCUGAUUGUGGCAUAAUAAGUUAUUAAAGAACUUAGGUUCUUAUGCUAUUGUCACUACUCUCUCUUUAGAGUUAUUCUUUCUUUUUUUCACUGUUUCCUACAGGCUGAUAGAUUAUAGGAUUUUUAAAUUGUAAUUAAAUGUAGGUCUACAUUGUCAGAAUUUUAUUAAUACGCUCUCAAGAUUUUCCAUGCAGCAGUAUGUCAUGGAAGUAAAGGUGGAAAACAUUUCAUAAGUUGUCUUUAUAUUGUAAAUGAUGGUAAAGUGCAUCUGCAUAUCAUCAAGCUACUUUUGACAAUUUUGUUUUAUUAUGGUGUGACUUUUAAUAAUUUGGGUUUACCUGGAGUUGUUUCCAGAGAUCAUCCCUACCCACCCCACAGCCUGGUCUCGGACCAGGCUCUUGGUUGCUGGCCUAAUUGCUCCAGCUGUUAGUGCCUGCAGUCCAAUGCAUACACCACAGCCUAGCUAAUCAGGAACUGUUUUUGAGGAAUCUGCCGAGUUCCCUCUUGAAGACAGCUAGGGGUUUGUUGGCAAUCCCCCUUAUGCAUGAAGGGAGGGUGUUGGAGUCAUGGUCACUUAACACUUAUUGAGUUUUGUGUACUUGUAGCAUCCUUGCUUUUCUUGGAGAUAUCCUGCACCCUGUGCCAAGCCUCUUGUGUUCGUAAGUAGUAAUUUUGGUGUGUAGGUUUGGGACCAAACCCUUUGUUAUCUCCCAGGUGUAGAUUUUGAUGUAUCUUUUUCUCCUGUAUUAUGGUUGUCUCUCACCUACUAUCCCGCACAUUUCACUGCAAGUUACACCGCUGAAAUAUAAUACAACAUAAAAUCAGGUAAAUAUCAGAUUUGUAAGUUUGGAUUCAUCAAGGUUCUUAAGAGAUUUACACUCUUCAUCAUUUUGUGGGUUUAGAAAGCAAUUUCUGCAGCUUGUUUUUCAGUCAUUGCAGUGUAGCUAUAACAGUUUCUUGGAUUCUUUGUUACUGAAAGUAUAACUUAGAGUUGUUUACAUGUUAGAAAAACAGAAAGACAAAAUCGUAGCAGAAAUUUUGAGUUUUAAAAGAUGAAUUACUUGGGAAAGGCUUAUAGUGAAGGAGCUUACAAUUCUUAAUUAAUUUUAAUUUUUCCAGCAAUGACUGCAUGUGUAGAGUGCAGUUUCUCUGCUUUUGAAACAAAUUAUCAACAAAAAUUCUUAAGGUCAAGAAUGAUUGCAAAUCUUUGCCCCUCUAUUAUUUGAAAAAAAGAAUUACAGCAUUGCAAAAACUUUAGAGCAAGUCAGAAUUUUACAGCAA